CCCUUCCUGCAGGCUGCUGGAGAAUGAAUAAAAUUGUACAGUAUAUUCUGAUGUGAGAGGUUUAAAAAAAAAAGCAAAAGAAAGAAAGAAAGAAAAGGAGAAAAAAAAUCUCUCUCUGCUCCUCCAACCCGCCAGCCCUGGAAGGCAGAGGCACCUCCACAUCCUCCCAAAAUGGCUACAGCUGUGCACAAGCCUAUCAAAUGUUUAGGCGAAGAUUUCUACCGAGAAGCCAUUGAGCACUGCCGCAGCUACAAUGCCCGGCUAUGCGCAGAGCGGAGCAUGCGCCUGCCCUUCCUCGACUCGCAGACGGGGGUCGCCCAGAACAACUGCUACAUCUGGAUGGAGAAGACUCACCGGGGACCAGGGCUGGCUCCAGGCCAGAUCUACACUUACCCGGCUCGCUGUUGGCGGAAGAAGCGGCGGCUCAACAUCCUGGAGGAUCCUCGCCUGCGGCCUUGUGAGUUCAAGAUUGACUGUGAGCCCCCCUUGAAGAAGGAGGGGGGGCUGCCCGAAGGUCCCGUCCUGGAAGCCUUGUUGUGCGCCGAGACGGGAGACAAGAAGCCGGAGUUGAAGGAGGAAGAACUCGUCCUGGACUGUCCGAAGGCGCCAAUUGGGGAAUUUCUCCACGACUUGGACACGGAUGACCUGGAGGACGACGUCCCUCGCCGGAAGAACAAGGCCAAGAGCAAGGCCUACGGCAUCGGAGGUCUGCGGAAGAGGCAGGACGCGGCGCUGCUGGAAGACCGAGACAAGCCGUAUGUCUGCGACAUCUGUGGGAAGCGCUACAAGAACCGCCCGGGACUGAGCUACCACUACACUCACACGCACCUGGCAGAGGAGGAGGGCGAAGAGGGCCCUGAACGCCACACCCUCCCCUUCCAUCGCAAGAACAACCACAAACCUAAGAAAGCACCGGACGGCACAGUCAUACCAAACGGUUAUUGUGAUUUCUGUCUAGGCGGCUCCAAGAAGACCGGCUGCCCCGAGGAUCUCAUCUCCUGCGCGGAUUGUGGUCGUUCAGGGCACCCAUCCUGCCUGCAGUUCACCGUCAACAUGACAGCUGCCGUGCGGACUUACCGGUGGCAGUGCAUCGAGUGCAAGAGCUGCAGCCUUUGCGGCACCUCCGAGAACGACGACCAGCUGCUGUUCUGCGAUGACUGUGAUCGGGGCUACCACAUGUACUGCCUGAGCCCACCCAUGGCUGAGCCCCCCGAAGGAACCUGGAGCUGCCACCUGUGCCUGCGGCAGCUGAAGGAGAAGGCGUCCGCCUACAUCACCCUGACCUAGGCUGGGGACCCGUUGCCCACCCCUUUGCCCAUCCUCGCCCCCCUCCUCCUCCUCCGUGCCCUUAGCCGUGAUGGUGCUGAGCCCUGCCAGGCCUCGGGGCGUUUGUUGCCCUCUCGCCUGCCACAAGAACCUUUUCUUCUGCACCCCAUCUCUCCCCCCCCCCCGCCCAGCUGCAGCAGCGGGGACCAAACCCUGCCUGCGUCUCCUGCUGGCUGUCACCAAAACUCGACUCAAAAGCCAUAGCCAGGGGUAGGCAGCUGGCAGGACAGCAGCCGCUCCUGGCCCCUUGCCCCCCUCGGCUGCCUGGGAUGGGAAACCCCUUGCCCACCCUCUAGAUGCAUGUGAAAGUGGGCAGGUCCCCCCUCCUGCAAGACAAGCCCCAUGGAGGAUGAAGCCCCCUCCUCUCCCCUCACUUGGGCUGCGACCCAGUUCUCUGCUCCCGUCUCUUUCGGACCUGGCACAACCUCUGAAAAGGCGACCAGCGGAGUUAAGCUUCUCAAAGGCCAGUGGAGUGCAGGGGGGCAGGAUGAAGAGCAAUGUUUUUUGGGGGGUGGCGGUGGCGGUGACUGGCUGUAGCAAUGGGAGGAAAGAGAGGGUCACAGCUGGAGCUGGCAGGGCAAGGGGAGGGGUUCGGCAGGGGU